AUGGAUGGUUUUGAGUGUUUCGAUGACAGUGAUGUUCAAGAAGAUUUUAAAGGACUUUUUUAUGGAUGCUAUAUUUUGUUGUCCCUCAACCCAAAGUUCCGUGGCAAAACUUAUAUAGGCUUUACUGUAAAUCCUAAGAGGCGCAUACGACAGCAUAAUGCUGGUUGUUUAAAAGGUGGGGCGAAGUCCACCGCUGGUAAAGGACCAUGGGAAAUGGUUUUGAUUGUUUAUGGGUUCCCAAAUGCGAUAUCUGCAUUAAGAUUUGAAUGGGCAUGGCAAAAUCCUAACUUAUCACGUCGACUCAAAGAUUCCCUACCAGUUAGAAAAUCAAGAGAAACCAGUUUUGACUACCGUUUACGCGUUUUAGCAUUGAUGUUAUGCUCAGGACCUUGGAACCGUUUGGGUCUAACUAUUCAAUGGAUCAAACAGUCAUAUGCACGUAAUUUAUCGGAAAAUUUGGUGCCUCCUCUUCACAUGCCAAUAGCCUUUGGACCCAUUGAACCAAACUGUUUAGAAAAUCCCGGCACUAAAAUCGCGUCAUUUGGUCUUUGUCAGAUUUGUAACAUUCCAUUUUCAGUUGAUUCUUCAGUACCACUUACUUGUCCAAGUUCUUGUCCUCUUGGUCAGUGGCACUUAUUGUGUCUAGCAAACUAUAUGACUCAGGCUGAAACUGUGCCUAAUCGUUUGGAAAUAUCAUACUUGAUACCUUUGUCUGCUUUAUGUCCUGCAUGCUUCAAUGCUGAACUUCUAUGGCCAUCACUUAUAAAAUCAUGGAAAAUGAAAACAAUCGCUUCUGAACAUUCUUGUUCGUCUACCAGUUUGUGA